UUACCAUUAAUCGUUGGUCUACUCAGACACUCACAAUUCACAUUUUACUAUUGUAGUCGUCAUUUCGUCAAUACUCAAUAGUCAUUAGUUCUGAGUUAAUUUCUCGCUGACGACUGCGCUGCUGCUCAUCGAUCGUCCGACGUUUUAUAUACGUACGAGUCUUCUGUUUUUUCGAAAAAUGAGUGGAGAUGCUUAUUCAGAACGUACAUUCAUCAUGGUCAAGCCGGAUGGUGUUCAACGCGGUUUGGUCGGUAAGAUAAUCAAACGUUUUGAGGAAAAAGGAUUCAAAUUGGUUGCAAUGAAGUUUAUGUGGGCAUCUGAAGAAUUGUUAUCAAAACACUAUGCUGAUUUAUCAAGCAGGCCAUUUUUCCCUGGCCUUGUCAAAUAUAUGUCUUCUGGACCUGUAGUACCAAUGGUUUGGGAAGGAUUGGAUGUUGUUAAAACUGGACGUUUUAUUCUUGGUGCAACUGACCCAAAAAACUCAAAUCCUGGUACAAUUAGAGGUGAUUUAUGUAUUCAAGUUGGCCGCAACAUAAUUCACGGUUCAGAUGCUGUAGAAUCAGCCAACAAAGAAAUUGCUUUAUGGUUUUCGGAGAAAGAAGUGGUAUCAUGGUCAAGGUCCAGUGAUUCUUGGUUAUAUGGCGAAAACUAAAAUAUUAAAUAUGAUUUUGUGAGCUUAUCUGAAAUUACUUGGUCAAUGGUAAUAAUUGGGUAGUAGAAAUGUAAUUAUUGCCAAAAAUAUUAAAUAACUGUUGCACUAUGCUCAUACGCAAUUAUUUAAAAUUUGAAUCAA